AUGGCACAAACUAAGAUUGUACGCCGACAGAAGAUUCAGCUAAAGAUGAUAACAUGCAAAGUGAAACGCAUUGUAGCUUUCAAAAAGUUAUGGGAAAGUCUGGUCAAGGAAGCACAUGAACAGCAUCUUAAAACGGGAGAACAUAUUGCUAUCGUCGCUUAUUCCCCGACUGGAAAACCAUAUGCUUAUGAUUCCUCUGGCAGUUUUGAUACAAUAGAUAGGUUCCUGAAUGAUGCAAAAGCUUCUGCGGUCGAAGGGGCGUCUCUUCAAGUCGAGGUUGCUGUCGAGUUGCCUCUUGAACCCAGUUUCGGAGUGAUACCCCGCCUGAGGCCACUCCCUGUUCGUGUUCGUGUGGUGGAAGCACUCUAUCUCGCUCGUCCCAAGUUCGCUGCUCUUCGACAGUCUGAACGUUAUACGUACUGUUGUUCAUCUGCUGCUAUGCCUGUGUUUCUGUCUUUGGUUUUUCCUCAUGUUAAGUGUUUAAUCGUCGUUCGUUAA